AUGGCUGAUCAGAUUCAGAUCCAGACGACGAACCAAGAUCUACAAGAACCAAUGGCGGAGAUCAUGCCAAAUGUGAUAACAGCAAUGUCGUAUCUCUUGCAAAGAGUAUCAGAGUCCAACGAUAAUCUGAGUCAGAAACAGAGGAUCUCAAACUUCCAUGGACUAACCAAACCUUCCAUUUCAGUCAGAAGCUAUCUCGAGAGGAUCUUCAAGUACGCGAAUUGUAGCUAUUCGUGUUACAUCGUCGCGUAUAUAUACUUGGAUCGGUUCGUGAAAAAGCAGCCAUUUUUGCCCAUCAAUUCCUUUAAUGUUCAUAGGCUUAUAAUCACAAGUGUCUUGGUCUCUGCUAAAUUCAUGGAUGACUUGUGUUACAACAAUGGAUAUUAUGCAAAACUUGGAGGAAUAAGCAUAGAAGAGAUGAAUAUGCUUGAGCUUGACUUCUUGUUCGGAAUCGGGUUUGAGUUAAACGUCGCCGUUUCUACUUUUGAUAACUAUUGUUCUUUUCUUAAGAGAGAAAUGAUGAUGUUGAUCAAGAUGAAGUCUCUGUUUUUAGAACCUUCUCUCUCAUUCAGAAGCUCUUUUAAGACUAAACUUCUAAUGAAUCCACACGAGGAAGAUUCUUUAUCUACCCAUCACAACAAGAAGCAACUCGCUGCUGCUUGA